AUGUCGACAGACUCAGAGCCAACAGUUGGCUUCAAAAAGCUUGUGCAGGAAAUGGUCGGCAAGGAUACUUUGAACGGUUGGGAUAUGGUAGUAUCCUACAAUGAAGGCAAGCUGAACGAGCUUUUGCAAAAACGAGCCGAGAGUAUGACAGGCCAUUCGGAUAUUGAUCCUUUCCCAAUCAAAAUCAGGUCAAAUUUAUUUGAUCCAAACUCCGUCAACGAAUAUAUGGUGGAGUUGAAACUUAGACAUCCAAAAAUGCGCUUCAUCGAAGGCACUGAUGCUGCCUUGGAACUCACUUUUCAACUCUCCGGGAAAUUCACGGACCAAAAAACUCAGGUAGCCAGAGAUCUGGAACCUGGACUGGUCCUCAAGACUUCUUCAAGUCUCGUCGUCGUUCAAGGGACUACCUCCGGAGGACUGGAGGAUAUGACUCCGAAGCCAGACUCGAAACCCCUUGCGGCCAAGGAGGUAUCUCUCCUUGAACCAGGGACUGUUCAUGGUGUGACCCUCGAUCUCCGCGCUGCCGUUAUCGAUAUUCACCAAGACGAAACUGAAGUAAAAGAGAAGAUUGAUCCUGCCUUGCUUGAUAUCUACGUUAUUCAUCUGGGACCCUAUAUCACGCAAGAGUUGAAGCACUCGCUAGGUUUGAGGUACUUGAUUGCUGGAAUGAAUACAGCACAGCCAGACACAAGUAUUAACCUGCGACCUACCUCGUUCUGCUUCUCAUCUAUCAGCGGUAAAUCUCCAGCCUUGUUGAUGUGGAUUGGGGUGAGCGGAGGCCGGAACGAUGGGAAGCCUGGGCCCGCAUCUGUAAGCUUCCAUCCAGAGUCCUUUGACCGAAGCCCUAUUCCUGAGGGAUCGUCUUCAAGCGUGGUCCUUAGCCACGACCUCAUGGUGUCGCAUUUUAUCAAGCCCGCAUUAGAGGGAUCGGGGUUUAAAGAUAUCAAUACCAAAUCUACCAAGACACAAGAGGGGAUGAUAUUCGACCUCAAAUGUCCCCCAAUGAAGACCUCCAAUAAUGAGAAUGUGCUCAAAGUUGCGCCAUAUGAUCAAAACUCACGUCGUGUGGGUGGCGUAGACAUUGAUGUGUCAGCCAUUUCUGCUAAACUCGUUAUUCGUUCUCCAAGCGAAUUGCGAGGUAAUGGAGUGCCCAUCCAGUCAUACGAAGAGGACUUUGAGAAGAAUGCUCUGGAAGUUCUUUUCAAGGAUGGCAGACUGGAGCAAGGGAGCCACAAGAGCAAAGACGCCAUCUUAACGUGGAUCUCUCCAAAACAAACGAUCAAAUGGAGCUCUGACAGGUGGACCGCGGGACCAUUCGCCGCACCCGUCACGGACAAGGGAACAGACUUCCUCGAUUGCUCAUUCGCAUCUUCAGGAUUAUGGUCUCUCGGGGCCGCCAACUCAAAUCAGGUGACCAUUUCCUGGCAGACGGACAAAUCCUUCUACACCAACAUCAAGCCUGAAAAGGAAACCAGUUUCUGGGACCGAAUUAACCUUGAGCAUCCCGGUGAUAUUCCACAAGAGUACAAGGAUUUCAAGCCGACGUUGCCGGAAAAGUUCAAAAUGGUCUUCCGUCCGCUUAAUUACUUCCUUGCUACGAAUCUACUUUUUCCAGGAGGGCAGAUUUUUCUAUCUGAUGAUCCAGGCACGACCAACGCUUCUAAGGGGCUUGCAGUCCCCCGUGACACCAUCUUUACAGGAUCUAUUGUUUCCCAACUUUCCACUUCUGGCCCAACUGAAAGCUUGUUAUUCUCAGCAGCUAGCUUGUCUCCUGUCACUGUCACUCUAGCGUCAAGUACAGCAGACAUUCCAUCUCAUGGCAGCUUACUGAAAGGUAGUGAGACAAUGCCUUCUGAGGAAGCGAUCAAAUUUGUCAAUGCCUUUGGAGAUUUCAAUAACGAUGAUCCUCUGUAUCGAAAGCUCUUCCAAGCAGGAGUCAUUGGUACAUUUGAAGCACGGGAAGCUGCUUUUGAAAAAGCCUUCCACGACCACGGACUCUCGAUCGAAGCUGAUGAUCUUUCAAAGCUGUUCGGUUGGAACAGGGAGAGGUUAAUGAAUGUCCUUAACGAAAGGAUAGCUCAGGAUACAAACACUUCCACGGCUGAAUCAAAAGACAAGCUUUCAGUGUUAAACCAGGACUCUUCUCUAGUUGAGACCUUCAACGACAUAUCAGAAGCAGGAACGCUGGAGUCCAAGGCUAACACGGAGUUGACCACCGACCUCAUGAAGUCCUGGGCAACAGUCUACGAGACUAACACAACACCAAAGCAACAAUUUGUCGUUUUUCCCGACACAGGCUACUUCGGCUUUCCCUACAAGAGAAACAGUAGCGAAAGGAUCAUCCCAACCGUGUUAGCACCUAACAAGGCUGAGUGGACUUCUGGUAAUAACACUUACACUAUCACCUUUUCUAGCGAUCCAGAUGUCAAGACCAUGACAUUCCGGUUCAGCUUUACUUGUAAUGUCAAAUCACCCAAUGGUAUUUCAUCUUUCAAUGGAACGCAGAGAAAGGCAGACUCAGCUAUCAACGACAUGAACACUUCGAUCACCGUUAUGGGCCUUGGUUUUGGGCUCUUCGGUAUUUACAUGGCUAUUGUGACGUAUAAAUGGCACAGAGAGGACUUGCAACAGAGAAAAGUUGACCAAGAGCAAGAAAGUCGGAAAAUGAACGAAAUAUGCGCAAAGGCAUUGCUUCAGCAUAGAGAAGAGAGGAUUAAGAAUGCUGAAGAGCGAUGCCGCAAGGAAAUGAGGGCCGAGGUUACUUGGCCAAGCGACAACUAUCAUGUCACCGUGGAAAAGGCCAUUCUGGAUCACAUCAACGCCUCUGCUGAUCAAUGGAGAGGCAGUUUCGGUGAGAUUGCUCACGAUCUUGAAAACAAUCAAGCCAAUGAGACCAUCGAGCAUAUACGGGAGAGUGUGAUGACUACCCUCAAGGGGGAAGUCAUCCAACAGGUGGCCGCAGAGCGUUUACUUCAAUGGAAGCAAAAGUACAUGCUAUAUGAGCUAGAUCAUUUGAUCGAGUCGGGUAGGAUCGGUGAACUGGCCGAAGAAUGCAUCGAGAAGGAGCUUAUCACCAAGAUUGUAGACAAGCAUGAUGGAUCGAGUUGGUUUGAAGAUCGUUUCCGGGAAGGCUUUGCGCACUCACUAAAGGCAGAAGCAGAUGCCCGUGAUAAACUUUGGCUAGAGAAAGCUUCAUUAAUUCAGGGGGAUAUGAGCAUACAUGAAAACUUCGACACGUGGGAGAAAGCAGUGAAGCUCCGGGAGGACCUGGAACUUCUGAAGAAUCAACAUCAACAGCUGAAGGAGGAACAGUUGAAGGAGUUGGCUUGGGCCGAGAAUGUGAUUGAGGAGAAUAAAGACCUGAACGACAAGGAAGCGAAGAAUCUGGAAGCUCGGGACCACGCCAAAAAACAAGAAGAGCUGUCUAAGAAAAUGGAGAAAGAACGUAGUGUGGCAAAAGAGAAGGCAGACAAGAAGCAGGAGAAAGAGAUGAUUUUCAGAAGGCACCAUAGGUGA